CUCGGUUAGUCGGUUACUAUAGAAGUUGAAAAGUAAUGUUUCAACAAAAAUGUCUCGAACGAAAUCCACUAUCUUCCAAAUGUGUACCGUGAGAAUUUCACUCUCUGUCCCUGUUUUCUUUAACAAAACUCUCAAAACGUAUUGAAGAGAAAAAAAACAAGACGCAACCUUUCCUCAGAAGAUAUAUAUAUAUAUAGAGAGAGCGAGAGAAAAGUGGGAAAGAUCAAAGAUCAUCCAAUCUUGAAGACCAAAAUAGAGAGAGUAAGACUGGUAAUAUGUCUUUAAGCUCAACGGUUUUGUCGUGUCCGAAGAUGCUCGGAAGACGCCGGUCGGUGGCGUUGGAGAUGAGAACAAUACGGUGGGGCGUGAAGUGCCAGUUGUCACCCGUAAAACCCUCCAAAUAUUCAUCUAAAAUCACUACCGAUGUUCAACUGCACGAGUCUCCCCUGGCGUUGUUCGAUGAGUAUUUGGAGGAUAAGUCUAGGGUUUUCAAAGCGAUGUUUCCUGAUAAACCCAAAAGCUAUAGGCUUAACGAGGAAGAGUGGAGGAUCCAAAUGUUGCCAAUAAAAUUUCUCUUCCUCACUGCGUGGCCUGUCGUGGACAUGCGGAUUCGAUGCAGAUCCAACGGUCAGGGUUACCCGCCCGAUGUACCUCUAGAGAUAACGAAGGUCCUUGAGCUUAACAUGAUGAAAUGGGAGCUUCAAGGGCUUGACCGGGUCAUGGAACCGUCUGAUUUCACUCUUGGAGUUCAAGGGGCAUUGUACCCAGACAGAGGCGGAAGUCACACAAGGCUCAAAGGUCGAUUAGAGAUGAACGUAAGCUUCGUGCUUCCUUCCGUUCUCAUGCUUGUACCGGAGGAUGUCAGGAGAAACGUUGCUAAUGCGGUUUUAAAUGGUUUGGUGGAUAAUAUGAAGCAUCAAGUUAUUGAGAGUUUGCUCGCUGAUUAUAACAGGUUUAAGAACGAAAGAAGAACACACAAGUAAUUUUUAAUUUCAAGGGUUAAGCUUUAAUUGUUUGAAUGUAAUUUAUGCGUUCAUGUUUGUCGUAUAUGUUUGUAUUAAACAAGGUGGACUGUUAGUUUUUGGUUCAUUGAAUCAUGUCAAUUUUA